CUGGUGUCUGCGCAGCUGGCCGUUUCUGGUGCUCGGACGACACGUGUGGAGGGUUUGUAACGCUUGCUAAUGGGGCAUGUCCUGAACGUGUCAUGAGCAGACCGCACGUACAGCCGGCGAUCGAUUAUCCCUAUGCGGAGCAUCAUAAACAUGCAAACCCUGUGGCAAGGUCGUCCUCCCAGACUAGUCAUUUUCUACGGGCAACCCGAAGAAUGUGAAGCAACCGACUUCACAUGCGCAUCUCGUAGCUCCGUUGAGGCCUACGCGUUGCCACAUUGCUUGUGAUCUCAGUCAAGUGAGCAAGCAUGGGCGAAGGGGUUCCACGACGAGGCACAGCACUUCAGAAAACCAUCUGCCACGACUCAGUGACCGCACAUUUUGUUUGGAACAUCAAGUUGACACUGUGAUAUCUUCAACGCCAACGACCAUGGCUCCCGUUAGCAGCCAACAAGCCCUCGAGCAGUUGCUCGAGAUCGGAGGCUUCGCCACCGACUUCACUAUCAUGACGCAGACGAAGGCGUUUGCAGUCCACCAAUCCGUCAUCGACCGAAGUUUGCCUGACAACAAUCUGGACGGCAUGGCAUGUGGCAACGAUGAACUAGUCCUCAAUGUUACUGCCGAAGUAGCAGAGGACUUUAUUCGCCAUAGUUAUGGACUUCAAGUUCCAUGUCUUCGGCGUGUCGCUGGCUUGAAACCUACUGUCGAACAGUGCCUGCGAGUUCUGGACUUGUCGCAACGAGCUGCAGUAAAUUACUUUGACUAUCUCACGUCAGAUUGCAAUAACUGGCUACGAGAGGUGGUUCAAUCUAGCGCAGACGAUCCCGAGCUAUUGGUAGCAAUCGGCGAGAAUCUCCCCUACUCAAGUAUCAUGAUGGAUGAGAUGACGGGCGUGUAUGAGGACUUGCUCGAAAAGCUCGCAGAUUCGAUGCAGACUAUUCUGACGAGUCGUAAGGACUUGUUGCAGAGAGUUGUGAAGUGCGAGGAGUUACAUUGUGGUGUGCUAGGUCUACUGGCCACGCGAUCAGAGACCCUGCAGGGAGUCCAAAAGGCGAAGAAUGACGAGGUGCUGGCGCGAAAGCAUUGAUCGUAGUGCAGAUGGCGGGGCGUGCGCGGUUUACAGAGGACCUGAAGUCAGAUUUUGGGAGACCGAUGGGGCACGACGUGGUAGUGUGAGGUACG